UUUGGCAAUGUUUUUUAAAUAUGGUAAUAACUAAUAACUCUUAUAUCAUCAUUAAAAUAAAAUUUCUACAAAAUUAUUUAUUUUUGGUAAGACUUUAAAAUAUAUAUAUGCUUAAGAAAAAGGAUCCAGUGGUGAAGUUCUAGUGAUAAAAACCUCAUUUUGCAAGUCAAGUUACAUCAAAAGUUAAACCAUGCUGUAGAAAAACUAUAUUUUGGAUUUUCUUGGUUAUUGUGAAUGUUUUAAGAAACAAAUUUGUGGAAAUUUAUUCUCAAACAGAAUGGAAUUUGUUUUUUUGGGAAACAGAUGCAAAAGAAACAAAUUUGUCUUGAAACCUUUUAAGCCACCAUGUAUUUAUUUUUUAUUUUGUUAAUCAAUUAAAAUUUCUAUUACUCAUUUCAUUUCAAAAAAAAAUUGUUAAACUUUUUUGUUUUUUUUUGUUAUAAAAUAAAUAUCAUAUACAGUUUCAACGUAAUUUUUAUUGAUUUAUCUUUUUAUUUCUAAUUAAAUUAAUAACCAUUAAUAUCAUAAAACGUAUAGUCAGAUAAAUGUAAACUAAACAUUUAACUCUUUUUAACUUGAUUUGAAAAAGAAAAAAUCACACAUAGAAGUUGAUUGGAAAGGGAUAUAGGUGCUUUGGACAACCAUUUUUCUUUUCUAAAUAAUUUUUAUAAAGCAAUCAUGCUUUAAAUUUUAAAACUAAAUCUACUGAAAAAAAAAUAGAAAAUAAAAUAUAUUGGUUCUCAAAAUCAAUUUUCUACAAUUUUUAUUUAGUGCUUUGAAAAUAAAUCCACAGCAAAAAAAUAAAUAAAAAUAAAGCCAAAAUAAGAAAAUUCACAUCCUAUUUUUUAAAGUUAAAAAACUAAAGCUACAACAACAAGUAACCAAGCUCAUAAUCUAAAUAGGAAAGAGUAUUUAUUACAUCGAAGGAACCAAAGUCAAUGCAUGGAAUAAAUUAAUAAAACAUUUAGUUAGCCUCCGGACACAAUAGCAUGAUCCCCUCCAUGAUUAUAGUAUCAAUUAAUCCUAAUUAAUCAGUUGACAAUGUCAUUAGCAUUGAUAAAAGAGAAUAAUAUAAGAAAACUCUAUAGUAUAAAAUUGAAAAGCUCUUUAGCAUUGAGUCUAUCGACAGUCGCUAUCCGCGACAGGCAGAGUCACAAGCCCAAAACGAAAGGGAACCGCGUGGUACGUACGGGCUGACGCCUCGCUGCUACGGUCAUGUCUCUGACAUAAAUUGCCUAAUCGUAGGAAAAUGCCAACGUGGCUCAGACAUUAGGGCCCCACUUGUCUGCCCAUAUUAGCAAUAGGUUACGUAUCAACUGUCCCUCUUGUCCCCCGUCGAGCCCUACAAGUCCUGGCCCCAUAUUUUGUACACGUGGUUAAUCCUGACGUGGCAUUUUCCUUCUUACCACUAUAAAUACGACUCCAUUAACGCCGAGUUUUCAUAUCUCCUCAUCAAACGACAAAAACAAAGUGUAUAAUCUUACAAAAAACAACUCAAUCAUGAUCGUUGAUUUAGCUUUGAAGUCUCCGAUGAUCCAUACACCACAGUCCGACAAGGACUUGAAAGCUCUCAGGUUCAUUGAGGAGAUGACACGUAAAGUCGAUUUCGUUCAGAAGAAAGUCAUCAAGGAGAUACUUAGUCGUAACUCAGAGACUGAGUAUCUGAAACGGUUCGGUCUUAAGGGAUCCACCGACCGGAAAACAUUUAAGAACAAAGUUCCGGUUAUUACUUAUGAUGAUAUUAAACCGGAGAUUCAACGUAUAGCAAAUGGUGACCGGUCCAUGAUUUUGUCUUCUCACCCCAUCACCGAGUUCCUGACCAGCUCUGGCACUUCUGCUGGUGAAAGGAAGUUAAUGCCGACUAUUGAAGAAGACAUGGACCGACGUCAGCUUUUAUACAGUCUUCAGAUGCCUGUGAUGAACCUCUACGUGCCGGGACUAGGCAAAGGCAAAGCUCUACAUUUCUUGUUCGUGAAGUCGGAAUCAAAGACACCUGGUGGAUUACCGGCGCGUCCGGUUCUCACAAGCUAUUACAAAAGCGAACAUUUCAAGAAACGUCCAUACGACCCCUACAACGUGUACACGAGCCCCAACGAAGCCAUCCUUUGUCCAGACUCGUCGCAAAGCAUGUACACUCAAAUGCUUUGUGGUCUCCUCAUGCGUCACGAAGUCCUUCGUCUCGGUGCUGUCUUCGCUUCCGGUCUCCUCCGUGCCAUACGGUUCCUCCAAACCAACUGGCAUGAGCUCGUCAACGAUAUCUCAACCGGAACCCUAAGCUCGAGAAUCUCUGACCCGGGGAUCAGAGAAAGCAUGUCCAAGAUCUUGACCAAACCGGACCAAGAAUUGGCUGACUACAUAGCUUCGGUUUGUUGUCACGACAGUAACUGGGAAGGUGUUAUAACUAAGAUUUGGCCCAACACUAAGUACCUUGACGUCAUCGUCACGGGAGCCAUGGCUCAGUAUAUUCCGAUGCUUGAGUACUAUAGCGGCGGGUUACCGAUGGCUUGUACGAUGUACGCAUCGUCAGAGAGUUACUUUGGGAUUAACCUAAAACCGAUGUGUAAACCUUCUGAGGUUUCUUACACCAUUAUGCCAAACAUGGCUUACUUCGAGUUUCUCCCUCAUGAAGACGCAACUGAAAGAACAACCGAGCUCGUGGAGCUGGCUGAUGUCGAGGUGGGGAAAGAGUACGAGCUCGUGAUCACUACCUACGCGGGGCUUUACCGCUACAGAGUUGGCGAUAUUCUUCAGGUGACUGGCUUCUACAACUCCGCUCCGCAGUUCAAGUUCGUGAGGAGGAAGAACGUUUUGCUUAGCAUCGAGUCUGAUAAAACCGACGAAGCUGAGCUCCAAAAGGCGGUAGAGAACGCGUCGGUGUUACUUGAGGAGCAAGGAACACGCGUGAUCGAGUACACGAGCUACGCGGAUACCAAGACCAUACCUGGCCAUUACGUCAUCUACUGGGAGCUUCUUGUGAAGGAUCAAGCCAACCCUCCGAGCGACGAGGUCAUGGCUAAGUGCUGUCUUGAAAUGGAGGAGUCGUUGAACUCUGUUUAUAGACAAAGCCGGGUUGCUGAUAAGUCCAUUGGACCGCUCGAGAUACGUGUGGUGAAGAACGGGACGUUUGAGGAGCUCAUGGACUAUGCCAUCUCGAGAGGCGCGUCGAUUAACCAGUACAAGGUGCCGAGAUGUGUGAGUUUCACGCCAAUCAUGGAGCUGCUUGACUCAAGGGUUGCUUCUACACAUUUCAGCCCGGCGUUGCCACAGUGGUCACCUGAACGACGUCGUUGAGAAGAGUUUGUGUUUUUUGCUUCUGUUUUAGGAUUUGUGUCGUACAAUAAGUUCGAUCGGUGUACGGAUGUUUUCCCCGAUCAAUGUGUUCUCUAGUACCUCUUUCUCUCCUUUGUCUGAAUUCAAGUAAUAAUGACUAACGUAAUGUCCCAAGAAAUAGAAG